UUAACUCUUCUACGUCUCUCUCUACAGUUACUCUUUGAGAACAUCUCUCUCUAAAAAAUUGAGUAUUGUUGACUUGAGCAUUGGAGUGUUUUCCCUGAGGAAACACCCUCGAGAUUUUCAGGUGUAGAAGUAGUUGAGGACUUCAACAGUAUUGGAUUGCGAAGCUGCCCAAAAAUUUGGCGCCGUCUGUGGGAACACUGAACGAGAAAUUGUGUAGCUUAACCUGCUGAAAGAGACAAAAUGGUUUAACUUGCUGAAAGAGACAAAAUGGUUUAACCUGCUGAAAGAGACAAAAUGGUUUAACCUGCUGAAAGAGACAAAAUGGUUCGUACUUUUACUGGAAGUCGCCCUCCAAGAAAUGAAAUAGACGAACAGGAGGACACUCAACUGUCCGAGCCCGGCUUGAAUGAUUUUAGGCCAAUGCCAAGAAACCUUUUCGUUGGAGGAGCAGAACAGGAUCAACUAAGUGAAACAGAUGAUGAUGAAAGAACACCAACUGGGUUAGCAGAGCCUGCUCGGACAACCGAGCUUAAAGAGAGAACCAGGGUUCUCGAAAUGGCAAUGGGUAAAAUCCUUGCCCGCUUGAUUCUUGAUGACCCCCUGAUUCCUUUGCUAAACAGGGAUUCACAGCCAACUGCAGUGGUUGCAACCCGUAACUCCCCGGCCCUGAGCAACGUGGUGGUCCCAAUCGGACCAAGGGGAAAACCAUAUCAAGAGGGAUUCAAAAUCCCCCAUCUAGAGACAUAUGAUGGCUCAGGUGACCCAGAUGAGCACCUGCAUACCUAUCAGGCCAUCAUGAGAAUCCAGGAUGCCAAUGACGCCAUGAUGUGCAAAGUGUUCCCAAAGACACUGAAGUCAAUCGCCAGAAGAUGGGAGAUUAAACAUACAGCGACCGAGCUGAUGCAAGUUCAUCAGAAAGAAGGGGAAUCUCUGAGGGACUACAUGCAACGGUUCAAUAAGGCAACUUUAGACAUUGAUAACGUCCCCGAUACCAUAUGCUUAUCUACCUUGUUGCAUGGCUUGAAGCGUGGUCGGUUUCUAGACAACCUGCUGGAGAAUCCACCCAAGUCGUGGAAUGAAGUAAAUGACAGGUCAGCAAGUUUCAUACUGUUCGAAGAUUUUCAAUCUUCCAAGAGGCGAGCUGAUGAUAGACAGGGUAAAGAGCCCAAGCAGCCUGAGGGCAAAGACAACAAGAAAAAGCAAAAGGUUGUCGAGCAAAGAGGAAAAUCGCCAUCCUAUCCAAAGUACAACAAUUACAUUCCCCUGAGCUUGUCAAGAUCCCAGAUAUUGGCGCAGAUACAACACUGGGUCAAGAGACCCCCUCCCCAAACGCACGAUUCUUCACGAGCUGACAAAAGCAAGUAUUGUGACUAUCACCGUGGAUAUGGCCAUAACACAAAAGAUUGGGGCCAAAGCGCUCGGGGCUGUAAGGCAUAUGCCCGACAAGUGAUGACCGUUAACAAGAACAGGCCCUUGAAGAGGCCAUUCGAGGAGGCGGAGUGGGAGAAUGCACUCAUCACAUUCAGCUCGGUAGAUUAUAAGCGAGCAGACAGAGAGCCCGACGUUAUGAUGCCUCAUGCAGAUCCUUUUGUGGCAACGAAGAUGCAGCUGAAUUUGAGCUCGCUACAGAAGUAUGAAGGGUCCAUUUACGGGUUCAAUAAUCAACCCGUCCCGGUUGAAGGAGUCAUUACUCUACCCAUCUAUGUGGGCUCGGAACCACGCUUUAGGAUGGUUUCCGUCACCUUUCUGGUCGUCAAAAUGGAAUCAGCUUUCAAUGCUAUACUGAGAAGAGCCACACUCUACGAGCUGAAGGCUAUCAUAUCACAACCCCAUCUUUAUACUUUCAAGAAGGUUGAGCUCGCAGCGGCCCCGACAGGUUCUUCUAAAAAUCACAGGCCAACCCAGCUCGGUCAGCAGACAAUGAGCAUAUCAGACAUUGAACACCGACCUGAGAGUGUCGAGCAGAAGGCUGAGUUGGUGAAACCGGUGGAAACGGUUAAUCAAGAUGUGUUUGCGUGGACUACGGAUGAAAUGCUUGGCAUCCCAGCAGAGUUGACCGUCCAUAAGCUCAGCAUGGACCCCGCCAAAAGGCCGGUGGUUCAAAAGCGUCGCCUUUUUGGCCCUGAGAAGCAAGCUGCCAUAGAUGAAGAGAUACAAAAGCUGUUACAGGCAGGCUUUAUUAGGAGAGUGGAAUACUCUGAGUGGGUGUCCAACCCUAUGCUCGUCAAAAAACCCAGCGGCAAGUGGAGGAUGUGUAUUAACUUCACCAACUUAAAUGAGGCGUGUCCAAAAGACCCUCAUCCCUUGCCAAAUGUGGAGAAGCUAGUAGAGCAGGCAGCUGGACAUGAGCGGAUGAGUUUCCUGGAUGCUAGCUCAAGUUACCACCAGAAGUUGGUGCAAAUCAUCUUUAAGCUCCAAAUCGGCAAAAACAUAGAAGUAUAUGUGGAUGACAUGAUAGUCACUAGUGUGCGAGUUGAGGAUCAUAUAGAUGACUUGAGUGAGACCUUUCAGAACUUACGCCGAGCCCAAAUGAAGCUAAACCCCCUAAAAUGCACGUUCGCUGUGGAAUCAGGAAAAUUCCUAAGGUAUGUGGUAUCCAAGAAAGGAAUUGAGGUAAAUCUAAAGAAGGUUCAGGCCGUUCAACAGAUGGAGCCUCCGAAGACCGUAAAGGAUGUGCAGCGUCUAACGGGUUGUGUUGCUGCGCUGCAUAGGUUCAUAGCCAGGUUGGCAGAAAGAUGCCUCUCGUUCUUUAAAGCCCUGAGAGAGCCCAAGAACUUUCAGUGGACAGAUGAAUGUCAGCAGGCGUUUGACGAGCUCAAGCAAUAUUUGGCAUCAGCACCCUUGCUGUCUAAGCUUGUGGAAGGGGAGACUUUAUACCUGUAUCUGGGGGUCACGGAGGAGGCAGUAAGUUCCGUUCUGCUGAGGGAAGAGAAUAAGAAUCAGAAACCUAUCUACUAUGUGAGCAAGCCGCGCACAACCAUAAAGCGCCAGGCUAUGGAAAACUUCCUGGUGGAGUGCAUCUCGGCAACUACGGAAGAAAAGGCACUAGAGCACCUAGUUUGGGUCUUAUAUGUUGACGGAACUGCUAAUAUUGAAGGAUCGAGUGCUGGGGCUAUGUUAAUAGCCCUAGAUGGCUUUAAAUCUGAGCAUGCCUUGAGGGAUCCUCAGCUUGGUUGUUAUGCUUCUGUGGUCAACAAAUUGAAAUCCAGAUUUGUCUCUUUCCAGAUUGACAAGAUACCCAGAGCAGACAACCAACGAGCUGACGAGCUCUCAAAAUUAGCCUCCUCACAAGACAUCAACCCUCAGAGAUCAACACUUGUAGAGACUACCCCGCUCAUAGAAUAUCUACACAAUGGCGAGCUGCCUGAAGAUCCGUCCGCUGCAAAGUUGAUUAAACGCAAGGUGGCACAUUUCACUUUGUUAGAUAAUCAGCUCUACAAACGAGCAGCCUCAAUGCCCCUAUUACGUUGCCUUACUCCCUAUGAAGCUGAAUAUGCGGUGAGAGAAGUUCAUGAAGGAGUAUGUGGCACACACAUAGGUGGUAGAACUUUAGCUCGAAAACUCCUGAGGCAUGAUUAUUACUGGCCUACUAUGGUUGAGGACGCACAGAGCUAUGUCAAAAAGUGCCCGACCUGCCAGUUCAAUGCUGAUGAUAUUCACAUGCCAGUCGACCUACUCGGCCCUUUUGUGAAAGGCAAAGGAGGUUGCACAUACCUGGUUGUCGUGGUGGAUUACUUCACGAAAUGGAUAGAAGCUAAAUUCUUAUCCACGACAACAGAGAAGAAAAUAGAGGAAUUCCUGUUCAAUUCAAUACUAUGCAGGUUCGGCAUACCUAAGCGGAUCAUCGCUGACAAUGAUCCGCAGUUCCAAGCUACGGCAUUGAGGUCGUUCUGCAACGACUAUGGCAUUGAGCUCGCCUUGACGUCUGUGUAUACUCCACAGUCUAAUGGACAAGCCGAGUCUGCCAACAAAAUCAUCUUGCGAGGCCUUAAGACGCGUGUUCUAGCUGCGCAUUCUAAUUGGGUUGACGAACUCAAUAAAGUGCUUUGGUCAUGUCGUACUACGCCCAGCUCGGCAAUAGGCGAAACCCCAUUUAACCUUGCCUAUGAAGCUGAGGCCGUCAUCCUCGUAGAGGUCAGAUUGCCAUCUGAUAGAGUAGAUUGGCACAACGACGAUCACAAUGAGCAACUUUUAAGAGAAAACCUAGACCUUGUGGAAGAGGUCAGGGAGAUGUCUCGAAUAAGAAACGUGGCGCAUCAAAGUCAUGUUGCAAAAUUUUAUAAUAAACAAGUUCGAGCUCGUCAGUUUCAGGUCGGUGAUCUGGUUUUACGCAAAGUGGGACUAACCAAUGCUUAUUCGCACAUGGGCAAGCUCGCUCCCAAUUGGGAAGGUCCUUAUAUGGUUGUUUGUAUUAAGCGACCUAGGUGUUAUCAGUUAGCAGAUUUACAAGGUCACCCAUUACCAUUCAUUUGGAACAUACAUAACCUUAGAAAGUUCUACAGUUAACAUCUCGACGUUGUUAUCUUAAUUCAAGUUAUUGUCAAACGAAUGUAAAGGACAAUGUAUAGAACAGUACACAACAAUAUACACAAGAAUUUCAA